CGAACAUCGUCGGUCACCAUGACUCUGGAAAAAAAUGCUUGCGGUGUUGCCCGCACAAGCAGCCAAACGCUUAUAAAGUUUGUGCAGGACAACGAUGGCUUUUUCACAAACGGAUCCCAAUUGAUAAGCUCCAGCACCGUUUCUCAAGCGACUUACACCUGGACGCCUGUAUUGGAAGUGGCAGCCGUUGCACAGCAGUAUGAGGAAUCUGUGAUCACUGGCGGGGGACAAAAUAUGAACAACAACGUAGUACUUUAUAACCAAAGCGGACAACUGGUUAACACAAUGGCUGAUGUUCAUGCAUCAAGCAACAUAAACUACGGCGGCCUGGCGCACGUGCCACAGACCAUUCAAACUUAUAGUGUCGCAGCAGCCAACGAUAUACAGGAGGAAUAUUUUCACAAUGGCGGAUAUAAUAUCAAUAAUAGUGGUUUAACCUAUAGCCAAAAUGGACAAAACGCUAGCCGCGCAAGCGAUGUUUUCGGAUCAGGAAUCAUAAGCUCGGGCGGUGUGCCGCACGUGCCCGUCCUUCCGGCCGCAUAUUUCAGUAAUGGCGGACAACAAGUUAACAAUGGCGGAAACUUGGCCGCAAAUUGUGUCAACCAAAAUAAUAAUGUGAUGCAGCAGAACGCCUGCAGUUUGACUAUUCCUGCUACUGUGGAAGGAGCAGGAGCACCCAUUGCCGUAUCGGUGACUGGCAAGUCCUUAACAUACGUUGGACAAAAUCGUGCCGCAGUGGCUGUUUAUAAGCGCGAGGAUGCGGUGAACGUUUUACAUGCUGCCAACGCUGAUAGCUCCGUGGGAUCAGCUGCUUCGACUGUGGAGGAUGGGGCCAUUAAUGAAGCGUCCGACGAGCCCACCGACUUAACCACCGAACCGAUGGCCUUCCUUCAGGGACUAAACUCGGGAAAUCUGAUGCAGUUUAGCCAGCAAUCCGUGCUGCGCGAGAUGAUACUGCAGGAUCUACAAUGCCAAAGCAAUAGUUUGCCCAAACUGGAAAGCCACAAUAUUGGUGGCUACAAUUUCAGCAUGGAUUUGAAGGAGCCUCCCAAGUCGCACUGGGUGUACUCGGAUCUAUUGAACAAGCUCUACAUACGCAUGGAGAAGACAUUCAAUGUAGACGUGCAGUUCAAGUCAAUAAUGCCCAUACAGCCGCUAAAUCUGCGAGUCUUUCUUUGCUUUAAUAAAGACGUCAGCGGUGCUGUGCUGCGCUGUCAGAAUCACUUGAGCACAGAGCCAGUUACCCAUCACAAUUUCAAGAUGCGCGAGAGUUUGCUGCGUUGCGAGAAUCCACGCACCACGUACUGUGGAUCGGCUCAGGGCAAGGGCAUUUCUGAAAGGUAUUCGGUGCUGGUGCCGUUGAAUUUGAGCCGUUCUGGGAGUCGCAACGGCGGCUUAAUACGCCAGACGCUCGCCUUUAAGUUUGUCUGCCAGAACUCGUGCUUGGGCAGGAAGGAAACAAGCUUGAUCUUUUGUCUGGAGAACUCGAGCGGCGAUAUUUUGGCACAGAAUUUUAUAGGAGUCAAAAUCUGCACGUGCCCUAAAAGAGAUUGCACUCAAGAUGUACGCCAUUUUCGAGGGGCAAAUGAGAAGAAACGCAAAUCGUUGGCCACAUCAGAUAAUGAGGAUGAUAACGACGUGAUGCCUGCGAAAAUACGUCGCCGUACCGUGUCGUGCAAGCAAGAAACCGAGAGCAAUGACGGCCACGAUGCGGACUACCUGCCCAACGAUUGGGAGGUUUCGCGCACCUUUGACGGUCAAUAUCGCCUUGCCAUAACGUGCCCCAAAAAGGAAUGGCUGCUUCAGAACAUCGAGGGCAUGAUCAAGGAGUCGGCUGCUGAAGUGCUGCGCAGUCCGACCAAACCCAAUCUUCGUCAUUAUGCCAACAAUUUGUUGAACCUGAAAAAACGUGCCUUAGAUCUGCUAUGACCUGGAGCCUAGCUAAUGAAAGUCUGACAAUGGUCCAAGCGGAUAACCUACUGAGUAUUUAAUUAUUAUUAAAACCCACAUGCUAGGAAGAUGUGGAUCUGCUUAGAGUUCAGGGAAAGAGUACAAGUGUUACAGAAGAAAAUAUAGUUUAUAGUUUUAUACAGACAUGCAACAUGUACAAACUGUUGGGCAACCCAAAAGCCAAUUAAUGUGAAUUAAAAAUGACUUGAGUUUA